CCGAGCCGAAGCCUAAGCGAAAGGGAGGCCGGUGGCGGCGGAGGGAUCCAAGCGUGAGGGUGCUGCGGCCGGGCCGGGUGAAUGGGAUUGAAGAAGAGUUCAGCUUCUUCUCCUCCUCCUCCUCCUCCUCCUCUUCUUCUUCUCCCUCUUCUUCUGGGCUUGUUUUUGUGCCACAGUUUCUCCUCUCCUCUCUUUCUCCCCUUCCCUUCUUCCCCGUCGCAGCCGAAGGAGAAGGAAGGAGAAGAAGAAGAAGAGGAGGACCCCGGGGAGAAGGGGAGGAAAAGGACCCCCCUCAGAGGAGGAGGAGGAGGAGGAGGAGGAGGAGGGAGCAGCCAGCCAGCCAACCCUCUUCCACUCCCAGCUUAGAUUAAAGAAAGUGAGAGGAGGAGGAAGAGGAAAGAAGAAGAGGAGGAGGAGGAGGAAGAAGAAGAAGAAGAAGGGGACUGGGAGGCCCUGAGGAGCAGCAGCAGCAGCAGCCUCUCUCCUCCUCCUCCUUUCCUAUGAAGAGGAGUCCUUCCCCCUCCAGGAGAGGGGCGCCCCAGCCAGGCACCGACACCACCCUCCUCAGCAUCACCAUCAGGGUCUAGAGAGCUGAAGAGAAUACUUGUUUCCUAAAAGUGCUGUUUAAGAAGAGAAGAUUUCCUGUACUCAGAAGCAAGUGUCUGAAGGUGGUGGGGAUUUAGUAACCUGGACAGUUUAAGAAAGUGGAGAAGUUAGAGAAUGGAGCUGCAGACUCUACAGGAGGCUCUGAAAGUGGAAAUUCAGGUUCACCAGAAAUUGGUUGCCCAAAUGAAGCAAGAUCCACAGAAUGCUGAUUUGAAAAAGCAGCUUCAUGAACUUCAAGCCAAAAUCACAGCAUUGAGUGAGAAACAGAAAAGAGUGGUUGAACAGUUGCGGAAGAAUUUGAUGGUAAAGCAGGAACAGCCAGACAGUAAGUUUCAAAUACAGCCAUUGGCACAGUCAGAAAAUAAAAUACAGACACCACAGCCACUACAACAACAGCAGCAGCAGCAGCAAACCACUGCAGCCUCUCCAAACCUGAUUGGAUCACAGAAGACAGUAACUACAGCUUCUAUGAUCACCACUAAGACACUACCUCUUGUACUGAAAGCAGCAACAGCAACCAUGCCUGCCUCUGUUGUGGGUCAAAGACCUACAAUUGCCAUGGUGACUGCCAUCAACAGCAGCCAGAAAACUGUCCUUAGCACUGAUGCACAGAACACGCCAGUCAACCUCCAGACCACAAAUAAAGUCACUGGUCCAGGAACAGAGGCAGUCCAAAUAGUGGCAAAAAAUACAGUCACAUUGCAGGUUCAAGCUACACCUCCUCAGCCCAUCAAAGUGCCACAGUUCAUCCCUCCUCCCAGACUCACACCUCGUCCAAAUUUCCUUCCACAGGUUCGACCUAAGCCAGUUGCCCAAAACAACAUCCCUAUAGCCCCAGCCCCACCUCCUCCUAUGCUUGCUGCUCCUCAACUUAUUCAGAGGCCUGUGAUGUUGACAACAAAGUUCACACCCACCUCCUUACCCUCCUCGCAGAAUUCCAUACACCCAGUCCGUGUUGUCAAUGGUCAAACAGCAACCAUAGCCAAAACUUUUCCAAUGGCACAACUCACCAGCAUUGUUAUAGCAGCCCCAGGUACCAGGCUUGCUGGACCUCAGACUCUACAGAUCAGUAAACCAAAUGUUGAAAAACAGACUAUCAAGCCCCAAGCAGAAACAGAGGAAAAGCCAACAGAGAUUCACACGGUUACCCCUCCUGCACCACCUAAGCCAAAACGAGAAGAAAACCCACAGAAACUUGCCUUCAUGGUAUCUCUUGGACUGGUUACACAUGACCAUCUAGAAGAAAUACAAAGUAAGAGACAAGAGAGGAAACGAAGAACAACAGCUAAUCCAGUGUACAGUGGAGCAGUCUUCGAGCCUGAGCGCAAGAAAAGUGCAGUCACAUACCUGAACAGCACAAUGCAUCCUGGUACACGUAAACGAGGUCGUCCACCUAAAUACAACACGGUGCUGGGGUUUGGGGCUCUGACCCCCACAUCCCCUCUAUCCAGUCAUCCUGACUCCCCUGAAAAUGAAAAGACAGAGACCACAUUUACUUUCCCUGCAACUGUUCAUCCUGUGUCCCUACCCAGUCCCAGCUCCACAGACGGUGAUAUCCAUGAAGAUUUUUGCAGUGUUUGCAGGAAAAGUGGCCAGUUGCUGAUGUGUGACACAUGCUCACGUGUGUAUCACUUGGACUGUCUGGACCCUCCUCUGAAAACAAUUCCCAAGGGCAUGUGGAUCUGUCCCAAAUGUCAAGACCAGAUGCUAAAGAAAGAAGAAGCAAUUCCGUGGCCAGGGACUUUAGCAAUUGUUCAUUCAUAUAUUGCAUACAAAACAGCAAAAGAAGAAGAAAAACAGAAAUUACUGAAAUGGAGUUCAGAUUUAAAACAAGAAAGGGAACAACUAGAACAGAAAGUUAAGCAGCUCAGCAAUUCAAUAACAAAAUGUAUGGAAAUGAAGAAUACCAUCCUCGCAAAACAGAAGGAAAUGCACAGCUCGUUGGAGAAGGUAAAACAGUUAAUUCGCCUCAUCCAGGGCAUCAACCUUUCAAAACCCAUGAACACUGAGGCUAGUUCAGUAGCCAUUUCAAAUGGCAUGGACACGACCAGUAAUACGAAUGCUGCCGCUUGCAACCCAGCCUCUUCCCCCACCCAGAUCUGCGUGGUGAACUGUAACAACAGCAGUGAGACUAAAUAACAGAGCACAGGAAGAAGGCACUGGGGGAGAUGACAGCCAGGAGGAAGAGCAAAACAAUGAAACUCUCUAAAAAAGCAAAGCCAGAUUUCUUCUGGAAAGUGCAGAACUCUUUGGUUCCAGAAAGAAAGUGAAGAUGCUUGUGCUGGGCAGCACCAGAGUUGCCAAUGGAUCCUUCUUAUUCUGUGUGUACAUGCAAAGUUUGGACCAUGUUACAUGAAUAGUGCCAGCUGGAGGUUCUUAGCCAGCACCAUGCCAAGUUAAAUAAUAUAUUUACUCUCUAUAUUUUACACCAGUGUGUGCCUGCAGCAGCCUCCACAGCCACUAUAGGUUUGAUUUAUUUUUAUUUGGGGGUGGGGAGCAGGGAGGAGGAGCAGGUUUCAAAUCUUAUCUGCAGACCAGUUUGAUUAGCUAGAGGAAAUUUACGUCCAAAGAGCCUGUGGGCUUUUCCUGUUUCUAAAUUCUCUGUACUUAACUAAACCAAAAAUCCAGAAAUAUAAAUUAACACGUCCUAGUGUCCAGAAGGGGUGGGGGUGGGGAGCCUAUUAAAUAAGCAGUAUUCACUAUUACUAUUAUUUGACACAAUAAAAAUAAAUAAAUAAAAAGAAUGAGGAAAGGAUUUUUCACAAAGUAUCCAUCAGGAUACAGCAACCUACAGAUUACUAGACUGGCUAUUUUGGAUUAUUUUCUGGUUUUUCCCCCCCCCCUCUCUCCCAUCUUCAAAUUGACAAAGAAAUGCAUUGCUGAUAUUGUCCUCAGGCUGAUCCAGGUCACAUUUCCUAGUAGGAUAGAGAGGAAGGGGUGACUGACAUGAUCAGCCUGGAUUUUCGAGAAGCGGGUCAAGACUAAAAGUUCCAGCAUUUUUCUUUUUCCUUUCUCUCUCUCUCUCUUUUCUUUGUAUGUUUGUCAAGCAAAACCAAUAUCCCAAACAGUACAGCACAUGUCCCAAACAUAUUGCCCAAAUAGUUAAAAUGCCUGUUUCAUUUGUUACCUUUUUCUUUUGGUUACAAAUGUAAGGUAUAGAAAAACUGUUUUUCAGGCUGACAGUCCAAUUAAAGAGGUAGAUGGGACCUUGCAUGGUAUAGAUUAGAAGUAAUAGUGUCAGUGAGAUACAGUGAGUCUUUGUGAGUCCGUGUGUCAUCGUUUUGGGCACUGUUUUUUAUGCAAGGGCAAAAUCUUUGUAUCUGGGGGAAAAACAACUUUUUUAAAUUAAAAAGAAAAAAGAUAUUGAGGUCUUCCUAGUGUUACUUAAAAUAAGAUCAAGGUAAGAAACAUUGUAAAAAAUUACAAAAGUGCUAUUUGUUUCCUAAACAAGUGAUUUCUAUUAAAAAGGUGUCAGAACUGGA